UUUGUUUUUUUUUACAAUUAGUGAUAAUUUUUUGUUGAAAAAUUGAGGCAAAUAAGAUUUAAAAUUCUCUAGUGUUAUUUGUCAAAAAGUUCUAAAUUUUUCGUGAAGCAACGCAAAUAUGACAGAAAAUUAUUAUUGUCUUGAUAAUUUCUUCAAGAAAAUGACGGAUUUGGAAUCACCGAAGAAAAACAAUGAUUGCUAUUUCUAUUAUUACUCGACGUGUGCAAAGGGUGACAACUGCACAUUUCGUCAUGAACCAUCUGCUUUAGGCUGUGAAACAAUGUGUUCCUUCUGGAAGGAAGGCAAAUGCUUAAAUGUCCAUUGCAAUUUCAGACACAUGGAAUUGAGAAAAAACCGUAAAGCGAUACCUUGUUAUUGGGAGUCGCAGCCUGGAGGCUGUCUAAAGCCUCACUGUCCCUUUCUGCACCAAAGCCCAAAACCUGCAACUGUUGAUGAAUCUCAUGAAAGUAAAACAGAUUCUGGCACAGAAUCUGCGGAUAAUUCAGUGAAUGAAAAACUUAGCCAUUUGAGUGAAAAGGGUUUCAAGAACCCCCCUGUUGACUCCCUGGUUGUUAAUUUUGAAGAAGAAUCUGACAAUGAAUCAGCACCAACAAAUUCACCAAUUAAAUCCAACCAUCGCGCUGUAAAAGUUAAAACAUUGGAAGAAAUUAAAUUGGAAAAAAUUCAAGCCGAAUCUGCUGCAUACUACUCAUAUCCAGAAGACGAUGGUGAGGACUUGCGUCAGAGAAUAUGGGAAAGAUUUUCGUCGAAAAAUGCAGGACGAAAAACCGAUCUAUUUGGGAUAAAGAGACAGCAUGAAACAAACAUCACAGGACCGCUUUCAAAGAAACCGAAGAAAACGGAAACAGACGUCAGCGAAAUCAAAAUUAAAACUUUGGAAGAAAUUCGUGCUGAACGAGCCAAGAAAGCCAGUCAAACUUUAGAUGCAAUAAAUACUGCCAUUUGUGAUAGUUGUGUUAGUAGUAGUACUGAAGAUACUCAGAAUGGAACGAAGAAAGCGAAAAUUAAGCUGCAACGGGAACCACCGUAUAUUCAAGAGAAGAAGGAAGAAAAACAGACAAAUGAAACCAAAGUAGAAGUUGAUAAAGCUAGUGAUAGUGACGUUGACAUGAACCAGAGUAAUAAUAAUAAGACGGCUGACGAAAUUUUGCUCUUACAAGAUGACGAUGAUAAUUGUAAUGUUAGUUUAAAGGAGGAAGAGAGGCUUUUAAAUGAUUUGGACGAAUUUUUGGAAGACUGAGUUAUGGGUAGGGGAUACCUGUGUCAUUAUUGUGUUAAGCAUUAAUUUUUAAUUAAACAAGAAUCAAUUUUGUUUUUCAUAUUUACAUUAUCAUCAGCGUUGUACAAAAUAUAUUUUAAGAGUUUUUCAAAUAUAAAUAUUUAGAUAAU